AUGGCAUCUCUCGACUUCCACGCCCGGCUCCGCGCCGCCCUUCCCAAGGACGACGCAGCCAACACCCUCCCACCGGCAUCAGCCCUCGCCGACGCCUCGGCCUCCCUUCCCCGCCCCUCGGCGGAGGACUACCUCUCACCGCUGGGCACCGAAGCGACCCUCGCCCACAUCCUGGACGAGAUCGUCCCGGGCCUCAACGGCCAGGCCCGCAGCGGGCGCUACUACGGCUUCGUCACUGGCGGCACCCUCCCCGUCGCCGAGGCCGCUGACAACGUCGUCUCCGCCUUUGACCAGAACGUCCAGGUGCACCUGCCGGAGCAGACCGUCGCGACGGAGCUGGAGAGCGUCGCGCUGAGGAUGCUCGCCGACGUGCUCCGCCUCGAGCCCGGCAGCGACGGUAAGGAGGAGGUCUGGACGGGAAGGACGUUCACCACCGGCGCCACGGCGAGUAACGUCCUCGGUCUCGCUUGUGGUAGAGAAGCGGUUGUCGAGAAGAGGGGCGGUAAAGUGGGCGAGAUGGGGAUCCUGGGUGCGUGUGCCGCGGCGGGCGUCAAGGAGAUUCAGGUCCUGACGAGUAUGGGACACAGCUCGCUGUUCAAGGCCGCGAGCGUGGUCGGGCUGGGCAGGGCGAGCGUCAAGGAGUUGAGGGUGAGUGAUGACGAGCCGUGGAGGUUGGAUUUGGACGCUGUCGAGAGGGAGCUGGGCAGGGCUGGGGUCGCGAGCGUUAUCGCCGUGAGCGCGGGCGAGGUGAAUACCGGGCGGUUCGCGACGGGGUCGGAGGAGAUGAGGAGGUUGAGGGAGUUGGCGGAUCGGUUCGGGGCUUGGAUUCAUGUUGACGGAGCGUUCGGUAUCUUUGCGCGGGCUUUGGAAGACGCCCCCGAGUUCAAACAGAUCAAGGCCAUGGCUUCCGGGCUGGAACUCGCGGACAGUAUCACGGUGGACGGACACAAGCUCUUGAACGUGCCAUACGACUGCGGCAUGUUCUUCACCCGCUCCCUCGCCACACUGACAUCCGUCUUCACCAACCCCAACGCGGCCUACCUCUCCUCGGGCCCCUCCCCGAUCCCGAGCCCCCUGAACAUCGGCCUCGAGAACUCGCGCCGCUUCCGCGCCCUGCCGGCCUACGCCGUCCUGCGCUCCGAGGGCCGCGCCGGGCUCGCGGCGAUCCUGGGCAGGAUGGUCCUCCUGGCGCGCAAGAUCGCGCUGUGGAUCCGCGAGUCGGAGGCGUACGAGCUGCUGCCCGAGGGCGACUGGAGCCUGGAGGAGACGCACAUGGUCGUGCUGUUCCGCGCCAAGGACGAGGCUCUCAACGAGGGGCUCGUGGGGAGGAUCAACGGGACGAGGGAGAUGUAUGUCAGCGGGACGAGCUGGAAGGGCAGGAAGGCUGUUAGAGUUGCUGUGGGUAGUUGGAGGGUCGAUGUCGAGAGGGACUUUGAGGUCGUCAAGAGGGUGUUGGAGCAAGUCAGGUCUUGA